GGAGCGUGGGGGUGGGGCCAGGCCAAAGAGACUCUCCCCGAGGAGCUGCUUCACUCUGUCAGCUCUCCCCGGACAUCCAAGGCAAGACUGGCACCCAGCGCAUAGCAGGAACUAUGGAGUCCUUCAGCUCAAGGAGCCUGGCCCUGCAAGCAGAGAAGAAGCUGCUGAGUAAGAUGGCAGGCCGGUCUGUGGCUCACCUCUUCAUCGAUGAGACAAGCAGUGAGGUGCUGGAUGAGCUCUAUCGUGUGUCCAAGGAGUACACGUGCAGCCGUGCGCAGGCCCAGAGAGUCAUCAAGGACCUGAUCAAGGUGGCUGUCAAGGUGGCGGUGCUGCACCGCAGCGGCAGCUUUGGCCCCGGUGAACUGGGCCUGGCGGCCCGCUUCCGCCAAAAGCUGCGGCAGGGCGCCAUGACGGCACUCAGCUUUGGCGAGGUGGCCUUCACCUUCGAGGCUGCUGUGCUGGCCGGCCUGCUGACCGAGUGCAGAGACGUGCUUCUGGAGCUGGUGCAGCACCACCUCACACCCAAGUCCCACGGCCGCAUCCGCCGGGUGUUCGAUCACUUCUCUGACCCAGGCCUGCUCACGGCCCUCUAUGGGCCUGGCUUCACUCAGCACCUUGGCAAGAUCUGUGAUGGGCUCAGGAAGCUGCUGGACGAGGGGAAGCUCUGA